CUUGCGCAAUGCAGCCCGCACGUCGAUAGACGUAAACGACCACGCCAGUACAACGUAAAUAGCAAGGCUGGCCUAUAUCUGUAUUCAUAGCAGGCCUCACUCUCAGGAGCCAUCGGUUUCAGGGACCCUACAUUCCAUCUCACUACGCCUCGGAUAUACUCGCAAAACAUGAGCUCUGAAAAGACAGGAUACCCUGAACAGCCCCCACCCGGAUAUGGACAACCCCAGCCCGGGUAUGGCCAACCCCAGCCCGGAUAUGGACAACCCCAGCCCGGAUAUGGACAACCCCAGCCCGGAUAUGGACAACCCCAGCCCGGAUAUGGACAACCUCAACCCGGAUAUGGCCAGCCCGGCCAGCCAGGAUACGGCUACGCCACGUCAGAUAACGUCAACGUGGUGGUCGCCCAACCACAGGCCAUGAUUGUCCAGACAGGAGUUCGACCCCCAGACUACCUGAUCCUCUCCAUCGUGUCCUGCUUCUUCUGCUGGCCAAUGGCUAUAUGCGCCCUCAUGUACGCCAACAACUCCCGAAACUCGUCCUCUGCCGGUGACUUUGUGUCAGCCGAGAAUCAAGGGCGAACAGCCAGGAAUAUCGCCAUUGCUGCCAUAGUAAUCGGCAUUAUUAUCGUCGUCGUGGCAAUCAUUCUCCGUGUUGUAUUGGUGUCUACGUACACUUCUACCUAUUACUACGGAUAACAUCUGAAGCGGACCACAACGCUACUCUCAAUAAACUGUAAAUACAAACCUGAAUUAUCUUUAGUAUACUUAACUCGACUGGAUUUGACUGAAGAGUCCAGACUGGCUACCAAAUUAUGACAAACUUUCAUUCGGACCAUCACUGGGAAGUAUUAUAUCCAAGGGGGGUAACUUUAGGGUACCGAGAAAAGUUAUCUGCCCUUGGACAAGGGGACUUUCAUGAAAUACCACAUUAAAUCAGUUCCUGGCAUCUCUGGAAACAGACCGACACGGGUGACGUUUCUUCACAAGCGUGCUCUUUUUGUCAAUCACGUCUCCAUAACAACCGUAUCCAUGAUAAAUCAGCAUCAGUUUACUCCAUCUUUCGUUGACAGUCAUUACGGAGAUGGCCGAUUUAGUGAGAUUCACAAACGAUCUGAUUGUUUUCAUAUUUGACGAACAUUUGCAAAUUCUUUACAUUUGAAAUUCACAUAAAUAGAAUUCAAUUUUUACUGUAUUCAAUAUGUUUGUAAUCUCUACAUAGGCCUCGUCAUAACUUAAUUUGGGUGAUUAGGAAAUUAUCACUAGCCGGGAUAUGAUUUGCCCUACAAGAUGGCGGCAUUUGUUAUCAAUGUAUUUGCCUUACAAGAUGGCGGCAUUUGUUAUCAAUGUAUUUGCCUUACAAGAUGGCGGCAUUUGUUAUCAAUGUCAAGACUUAAACUGGUUUCAAGAUUUGUCUGCGGGAAAAGAGAACGAGCCAUCUUUGAUCAAGAAUGUGCCUUGUGAUGAAAAUAAAGCAAUGCAAAUAUUAAACAGUGCAGCUGUCGUGUUUCUGAAAUUAUGUUAUCAUUUCAUAAAAUAUGUGUGAUGACAAAUUAUAUGCAUAAUAGUGAUUAUUCUUUGUGUCUUUUGUCGUUUCUUUUAUACCUUAGCGUGACAAUGUUGCGGUUUGUAUUCGUACUCAUAGGUACCCUCUAACAACAGGCUUUGUUAUCAGAAAUAACAUGGCUGCCGUUGAUUUUAGUGUUAUAAAAUUUGUCAUAAGGGUAAACGUGUAUAUAUAUGUUCUGUAUGCUGCUGUAAUAGCUCAUAUUUUAUGAGCAAAGCUCAUUUUUUUAAGGAAAAGAAUUAAACAGUACUUUUGUAAAUACUGGACAUUGAGCAACCAAGAGAUUUUUAAUAGCUCAGAUCUGACUCGCAUAUUUUCUUGAUUAGUGUUUUUACCUACCGUUUGGAUCUUUCUUUGUUAAUUGUUUUCAUACAUUUAUUGUUCAAAGUAAUUAAACUGUUUUCUACACAAAA